CUCCCUUUUUCCAUUCCAUCACCCCAGCGUGCGCGCUGCACUCUCUCCCUACCCUGUUCUCUCUCGUGGCGACGGCGACGACUGGGCGGCCGUCGCUGCCGCCCUACGCGCCAGGCGCCAAGGUCUUCUUCGGCCCCUUCGUCGGCGACGAGCACCACCAGGUUCCUCGUCUCCGGCGCGCAGUGCAAAGCGGAUCGAUCUCAGUUCAGCACGGACCUUACGACUUGACACCCAAGGGCUGGAUCAUGUUUCUUCAAGUGUAAGAGCUUGGAUCUCGUAGGUCUGGUUCAGUCCCUGGACUGGGAAGAACCGUGCUUGCUCCUUGCCGCUGCAAUCAUGCAGAGCGGGGGCGAGAUGAGGCCUGUGCACAACAGCGUCGAUACAGUGAACGCUGCUGCUGUUGCCAUCGUCACCGCGGAGAGCCGCACACAGCCUCCUGCAGAACCGAGAAGGAAAUGGGCUGAUCGGUUGAGUGCGUACUUCUGCUUUGGAUCCCAGAAGAAUGGCCGGCGGAUGCGUGUCAACCAUGCUGCACUUGUCCCAGAACCUGCACCUCAAAGGACAGAUGCACCUGUAGCAGAAAUUCCGAACCACCCACCGCCUCCUGUGUUCCCCUUUGUGGCACCUCCAUCCUCUCCUGCUUCUUUCCUUCAAUCAGAACCCACAUCAAUCGUACAAUCACCAAGGGUUGGAGCUCCACCUUUUUCGCCCCUCUCACCAAAUUCCCAAUCCCCCGCGGGGACGCCAUCCAUCUUUGCUAUUGGGCCAUAUGCACAUGAGACACAACUAGUUUCACCUCCAGUGUUCUCGGCCUUCACAACUGAACCAUCAACUGCCCCUUUCACUCCUCCUCCGGAGUCUGUUCAUCUGACGACCCCUUCCUCUCCGGAGGUUCCAUACGCAAAGCUUCUGACCUCGAUCAACAACAGCAAGAAUGGUGAAACUGGUGAUCUUCAGUCAUAUCCAAACUACCCAGACAGCCCAAUUGGUCGCCUGAUAUCUCCAAGCUCGGGUUGUUCUGGCACUUCCUCCCCAUUCCCUGACCCUGAGAUGCUGGCUUCCUCACGCAGCGCUUUACACUCGUUCCCAGUUCGUGAGCCACCUAAGAUAUUGGAUGGUGAGGGCGUUGCAACACAGAAGUUGAUACCUCGCCAUAUGCGCAAUGGUGGGUCCCUCUUGGAUGGCCACAUCACAGCAGCUGUACCAGUUGUUGACUUCUCUGCCCGACUUCAACCCAAUGAGCAUGCUAUGGAUCAUCGGGUAUCGUUUGAGCUGACUGUCGAAGAUGUCGCACGCUGCCUAGAGAAGAAGACUGCAAUUUCUGGGGAUUCCAGCACGGCAUCUUUCCACCUUGCGCCUACCAGCAAUGGUGAUCACCACAGAGAAUCUAAUGAGGCAAGGGCAGGGCUAUACGUUGACGAAACAUACCAUGACUUGCCUGAGAAAGCAAGGCGGUCCCUAUCCCUGCGCCUGGCCAAAGACUUCAACUUCAACAACGUCGACGUUGCUAAUGUGGAGCCAAGCGUGGGAUCUGACUGGUGGGCGAAUGAGAAAGUUGCUGGGAUGACAUCUGAGCCAAAAAAGAACUGGUCCUUCCACCCGGUGGCUCAGCCUGGGGUGAGCUAACCUUUGCACUGACCAUAAUAAUCUUUUACAGGAUGAAUCAAUUAGCUUCUUUUACUUCUGCUUGAGUGCUCGAUUCAGCAGGUAUGACUGUGGGGGGGAUGCCAACUUGUGCUAAACAUGCAGUUAGUGGUAAUUCUAAAUUUAGAUAGUAUAAGUAAUCGGAUGUCCGUCUAAUAUCGUCAUGGGAUACUAAAGGUUUAUUCUGGGGGGUGUUUGGAUGUAACAAACCGCAAACUCUUUGGUUUAGGGUCGGUCGGAACUGUCUGUGUGUCUCUUGUAUCCUGUGUAUGUACUGACUUGUCGUCCUGAUACCGGUGCUGUGUUGUGUAUGUACAUAAUAAAGUGGUUUUAAGUUAAAAGGGUACAACUCUUUCCUUUGAUAA